CACAUCCCCAUUAACAUGCAGUCACUGUCUACAUUUUUUGUUUCCUCCCUGCUGACAGGAAUUCUUUUCCUUGAUCAUCCCUCACCAAGGCCAGCCAUAGAACAGCUCCGCCUCCUCCGAUCUGGACGAUUCGCUACCAUUGUGUCUACUGGAGUCCAUACUUUCUUGGCUCCAUCACACGAGCUGGUUUCCCCAGGUGACGGAUAGCGGUUGGUUGAUAAACCCCAAGUUUGGAGCGUGGCAUAACGGGGGAUCGUCGCCUUCCGCCUGGUCUGUAACCCCUGAACCACACCUGGGUCAACGGCCAUUCCUCGUGUCUUGAACGACCGAGGUCGAUUUUCUAAUAGUCCGUCGCACGGAUCCGCGGCCGAUCCUACAUACAAAAAGGGCUGCCCAUCACGGAGCACGUACCACUCUGGGUAACCGCCGCGAAGCCAAGUGUUUGUGUUAGUUUCCUCUUUUGUCAAAGAUCUUUGGCCCGGCUAGAAAUGCCUGGAUUUUAGUGCAGUUGUUUCACAACAUAAAUCGCGACUCCAAUGGGACGGUCAUGGACUAAAUGAGUUGGAUGCACCAUGGACUCUGUCACCAUCAUUCGCCAGCAUCAGAGCAGUAUCCGUGUUCUACAGCCAAUUCUACGCGCAUACGCACUUGGUUAUUUAUCUUCAACUACCCCUAGAGUAAUCACCUGUCUACGGCGAAUUCGGGGGCAUGGCUUAAGCUUCGGAGAGCAGCUCAAAGAGUUGUCCGCCACAUUGACAAGUACUCUACGGCUGGAUGCUUUCCCAGCGUUCUGUGCCGUUCUCGUAGGGGGCUCAACCGUCUUUCCUCUCAUCCUCUUCCGAUGUCUUGCGCAUCUUAUUCGUAGGCUGGGUUUAAAACCCGGUCGUUUAAAUGCAUUGAUUCACAUGCGACUGGCUAGAUUUGUUUCUGCGUUACUAUCCGCUUGGUUCAGCUUUAAUAUAUUGAAUCAGAGGCCUAUCAGAUUGCAGAGAAAUUGCGACGAUUGUCAAGGUGGUACUGAUUCGAAAAGUGCUGCAGAGCAGAGAAAGCUCAGGCCGGAGCCGCAUAGCCGUCCCCAGUUGGCAGGUAGAACCAUGGACCUUACCCUUUUCAGCCUUACAAGAGCAGUCGAUUUGGUGGUCUACAUGGGUUGGGCAAAUUGGCGGCGAUGGCGAAAGUCCAGGGGUCAGUGGACUCUAGUGGAGCGUGUUGCUCCCCAACUCACAGAUGCGGGUGUGUUUGCCACGAGCGCAGCGAUAGUGAUGUGGGCAUGGUUUUAUAUGCCUGAGAGACUACCAAGAUCUUACGGUAAAUGGAUAGGAGAAGUAGCAAAGGUGGAUGGCCGCCUGAUCGAAGCACUUCGCCGUGCUAGGCAAGGUGUCUUUGUGUACGGGAAAGACACCGGGCAAGCACCACUACUUCAGUCCAUGUGCAAAGAUUAUAAUUGGCCCGUGGAAUGGGGAGACCCUUCCAAGACCAUCCCGAUACCGUGUGAGAUGGUCCACAUGGGUAGUGGUCAUAGCUGUGAAAAGCAUGCUCUGUCUCGAUUCACUCGAACGUUCAAGUUCGCCUGUGCUACCUACAUCCCUCUACAGAUCAUCUUUCGUUUGCGGUCAGUAAAGUCCCUGUCAUCACUCAAACAGCCCAUAACUGCCGCCUUGCGCUCGUCUGCCUUCCUUGCUUCAUUUGUGAGCUUAUUCUACUACUCUGUCUGUCUUGCGAGAACAAGGCUUGGCCCCAAAAUAUUUCACCGUGGUAUAGUAACUCCAAUGAUGUGGGACUCUGGGCUUUGCGUCGGCGCCGGAUGCCUGAUGUGCGGUUGGAGCAUACUCGUGGAGAACGCACGGAAGCGACAGGAGAUUUCAUUAUUUGUGACUCCCAGGGCUGCCGCAACUGUUCUGCCAAGAUACUACGAGAAACAGUAUCAACACCGGGAACGUAUAGCAUUUUCAAUCAGCGCCGCCAUUCUUCUGACAUGUCUUCAGGAAAGGCCUGAUAUGGUUCGGGGUGUAUUUGGUCGGAUCGGCAGAAGCGUGCUGGCGUGAUUGUGCAUAAGCGAAUGGCGUUUGCGACUGGACCUUGACUCAUAGACUUAUCGUCUUUCUUUCGUCACUCUCAUUGUAAUUAUACAGUGUAUCAUUAGCACGUCUGAUCUGUAUUAUUAUGCCAUUAUUAUCUGUCGAGAACCGAAUGGACAAAAGCGAGAUAUCUAGGCUUGUGGGCUUCUCUCACUCAGGACGGAGCCACUGGACAAACAAUCGACAUCUUGGUCAAGCUGAUUUCCCGACUAGAUAAGAUUAUCUGAUCUCAUGUUCUUUUUCUGGUCCAUCAUGGACGCCCGUUAUUGGGAAACCGGCACCCUAAAUUUGGGAAACCCAAGAAUAGAAACCUGACGAUCUCAUUAGAUUCUCAGAGCGUCUAGAAGC